CCCGAGAAUAGACUGAUGGACAAGACACAGCAUCAGAAUGGAGCAGGAAGACAACAGAAACUGCCCCACACUACCAUGCAGAGGCUCCUGCGCUGGGGUCUUCCAGUUCCCUGGAGCCGGUUCCUAUGGCGCCAGCCAGGGGAGUUCCCUGCCACUGCUUUUCUGCUCGGAGCAGGAACUGGUGGGCUACUGGCCAUAGGUCUUUUUCAGCUCCUGGUGAACCCUAUGAACAUCUAUGAGGAGCAGAAGAUGGUGGCGUUGUAUGGCCUGGCAAGCUUGGGGGCCAUAGGCUGGGGGACCUCCCCUCAUACUCGCUGUGCCAGCGUCCUGUUGAUACCCAAGAUGCUGGGCAAAGAAGGCAGACUCUUUGCCCUGGGAUAUGCUUUGGCUGCCAUCUACAAAGGGCCAGCAGCCAACCUGCAGUACAACCUGAAUGAGGUGAUAGCAUCCCUCGGCUGCACCGUGGAGCUGCAGAUCAAUAACACCCGAGCGGCCUGGCGCGUCUCCACAGCCCCGCUGCGGGCGGUGUUCAAGGACCUGCUGGGCAGCAGAGAAUCAUUGAAAGCAGAGACGUGGAACAUCUCUACCUCCUUUGAGGACCUGGAUGCCCAGUUGAGGAGUGAGAUUGGUUACUCACCUGAGGAUGCCACAGACACUCCUGGUGCAGGGAGCCGUGGAGUCCCCGGAGGGAGACGCCGCCUAUCCACACAGAAGAUGUACGAACUGAAGACCAAGUUGCGCUGCUCUUAUGUGGUGAAUAAGGCCAUAGAAAACUGCCAUCGCUGGUUUGAGGAGAAGCACCAACAGUGCAUGCAGCACAUCUGGGUGCCACUCCUGAACCACCUGCUCUGCCUGCCCAUGAAGUUCAAGUUCUUCUGUAGCAUUGCCAAGGUGAUGGAGAUUUGGUGUCACAAGCGCAUCCCAGUGGAAGGAAACUUUGGGCAAACCUACGAUUCACUCAACCAGUCUAUUCAUGGUCUGUAUGGAGAAUUUUCAGCCAAUAUUGACAUUAAGGAGGAGAAGCAAGCUGCAGUGCUGGGUCUCAACACGUCCUGGGAGCACGUGAGCGUUGAGGUGCGGGACUAUGUCCGACAGCAGGAGGCACAUCUGCAGUGGACUGUGGGGCUGCUGCACGUGCUGCUGUCCUGCACCUUCCUGCUGGUCUUCCACGCGUCCUUCUCCUACAUGGACAGUUACAACUGGGACAUCCGCUUUGACAACAUCUACAUCACCACCUACUUCCAUCAGAUUGACGAGCGCAGGAAGAAGCUGGGCAAACAGAGUCUGUUGCCCCUCCGAAAGGCAGAAAAGAGAUCCGUUAUCUUCCCUUUCAAGCCCUCUAUCCAGGCCUCAGAAAUGCGAAAUGUGGCAAGGGAGCUCCUGGAGACACUGCCUAUGGUACUCCUGCUGCUGGUGCUGUGUGGGCUCGACUGGGCGCUCUACUCCAUCUUUGACGCCAUCCGCCGGCAUUCCUUCCUGCAGUACUCCUUCCGCAGCAGUCACAGACUGGAGGUGAAGGUUGAGGGAGACUCUAUGCUGGCCAGGCUUCUACGAAGAACCAUCGGAGCUCUGAACACCUCCUCGGAUACAGGAGUGGUGGAAUCCGACAACAUGCCCUGUCUGCCUCAACCCGUGGGCAUGGAUGCCAGGGCCUACUGGAGGGCUUCACUGCCAACCCUUCUCCUUGUGUGUCUCUGCCUAGUCCAAGCUUUUGGUUACAGGCUCCGGAGAGUCAUUGCAGCCUUCUACUUCCCCAAGCGAGAGAAGAAGCGGGUUCUCUUCCUCUACAAUGAGUUGCUCAGGAAGAGGGCAGCUUUCACUAAACUGAGGAGGGCUGCCAUUGUCCGUCGGGCACAUCGGCAGAAGGCUCCGCGCCACCACCUGGUGGAUACCCUGUACCGCCGGAGCCCUCUCCUGCGCCGCUUGACGCGUCGGCGCUGCGUAGUGUGCCAGGCACCGGAGACGCCCGAGUCCUACGUGUGCCCCACGCCGGACUGCCAGGCAGUGUACUGCCGGUCGUGUUGGGACGACAUGCGACGGCGGUGCCCGGUGUGUACACCCCUCGAGGAGCUCUCUUCCUCCGCCUAUAGCGACAGCAACGACGACACCGUCUAUGGCGAGUGAAGGGAUGCUGCCCGCCUUCUUGCUUAAUAAAGUGUGAUGCACGCU